GGAUUGUGGCAGGGUCAGGAGGAGAAAGGUGGGUGCGUUCUGCGAAGGAGUCGAACGACCAUGGCUUCCUCAACAGCUUGCUGCCUGCGGAGCGGUUUGUCCUCCCGUCGUCGUCAGCUUUCAUUGCGGCUGAGCAUCGUGUUUCUGGCGAUGGCCGUUUGUCUUGUCUUGCUGGCAAGUGUCCCCGGCAGUUGUCGGGAUCUUCCUUCCUCGUCUCGGAGUCUGACUCUGCCAUUGCGACGUAGCCGCCCUUCUGUCGAUGCGCUGCUGCGCGCACAGAGGAGGCAACUAACUCUGUUCCCCCCCCCUCCUUCGCCUAGCGCACCUGCUACCGGACCUGCUUCCGAACCUGCGGAAGCCGGACCUACUUUACCUGGAGGGAGUCCAGCUCCGGCUGUUGGGUCUCGCGUAAUGGGCGCGAUCACGCUUAGAGAUAUGAAGAAUACGUUCACUGUUGAUGUGAUGAUGGGCACCCCACCUCAGCCGAGGUCCUUGAAGGUUGGGUUCAACCAGUAUCUCUCUUGGACCUUCUGCACAGGCGCACUUCCUGAUAAAGCCGUUAGUCCACCUUUCGCCAUGGGCACCAGCUCGUCGCUUAAGUACUCCGCCUGCGCUUCCGCGAGUUGCCAGCACCUCCAGACCACGCAGGUGGCGACCUGCGCGACUGCCAAGUGCGACGUGGCUCGGUAUGAUGACGAUACCCAGACUGACGGUAUUACGGGCCAACUGGUGUCCGACUUCGUCCAGUUCAAGGGCGAUCCUAGCUCGCGUUUCACGUUUGAUGGCAUGGCUUGCAUCACCAGCUUCACAGGCGAGUAUCUGAACUUCACCGCAGACGGAGUGCUCGGUCUCGGCCAGUCCAGCGGAAGUUUCUUCGCGUCCGUCACGCAGCAGCUCCAGCUGCCGAAGAUUUUGAGCCUUUGCUUUAACUCCACGGGUCAUACGCAGAGGUCCGCCUCUGCCUUCGCUGGUACCAACACCGAAGUUGACGACGGGGGAGGUGUAGUGGUUGGCGAACCCCCCGCGUGGAUUACUUACCCUAAUGGGCUGCUAGGGUCAUCGACGCCCCUAGUGGCAGUAGAGGCGACCGCGGAGGCACCAGUCGCUUUCUACGCGGCGUCGACGACGGGGUGGAGUGUCGGCUAUGACGUCGUCGCUCCUCCUGCCAAACCAGUUGUCAUCUUCGGUAGUACAUCGUUUUUGACUAUUGUGCCUUCGAUCACCCUUACCAGUAUUGCCAGUGCAAUCCAACAAGCAACUAACAGUGCGCCAACAGAAGUACCGUUAGGUGGUGGCACCAUGAUCUUUUUUGCUUCGCCUCUCUGUAGCGUGGACUCGUUUCCGGACAUUACGCUGACCUUCACGGGAGGAGCAAAGCUGACCGCGAAACCAGAGGAUUACACUCUUGUCUUGAAGAGUAGGACUGGGUGUGUCAUUGUGUUGGGAUUAGCAUCCCACCCGACUAUGUCCAGCAUUAUUCUGGGAAUGUCUAUGUUGCAAUCGCAGUGGCUGACCUUCGAUAUGUCAGUCGCCAACAGCGUGCUCAAGAUUGGCACGGGGCCUUGUUCGGCGACGAUCUGAGGGCUGUGAGCGGCGUGAGGGGAGAAGAUUCUGCUGGCGUGUUAGUGCAGGAUCUACUUCUCUGGACUGCCCCUUGUC